UCUACUAGACCAUCAUCAUGUCAGUGAGGAAUCACAGCUUUGUGACAGAGUUUGUCAUCGUUGGUUUCCCUGGACUUCAGCCAGAGUUCUACGGUCUUGCCUCAGCUGUAUUAUUGAUUGUUUAUUGUUGCACAUUAAUAGGAAAUUUUGCUGUUCUUAUCUUGUUUGCAACUCCUAACAUUCUCCAUAAACCGAUGUAUAUUAUCAUUUUGAAUCUGGUUGUGUCUGACGUGCUAUUCAGCACCACCACUUUACCAAAGAUUAUUGCCAGGUAUUGGUUUCAGGCAGGGGCAGUUUCUUUCAUUGGUUGUUUUUUGCAAAUGUACUUAGUUCACUAUUUUGGAUCCGUAACUAGCUUUCUCCUAUUGAUAAUGGCUUUAGACAGAUAUGUAGCAAUCUGUUUCCCACUCAGAUACCCAAUGAUCAUCAAAAACUCCACGAUUCAUAUACUCAAUGCCACUGCAUGGAUUGUUGCAAAAGCCUGCCCAUUGAUGAUGGUAAUUAGGGCCUAUCCUCUUCCUUACUGUGACUCAAACACAAUCUUGCAGUGCUUCUGUGAUCAUAUUUCUAUAACAAAGCUUGCAUGCACUGAUAGGGCCCCUUAUAGUUUUCCUGCUUUUGUUACAGCAAUGGUGGUAUUACUGGGACCUCUAGUCUUUAUUAUAUUCUCAUAUUGCUCUAUUAUUGUGGCAGUUCUUCAGAUUGCGAGCCCCCAAGGCCGCCUCAAAACCCUUUCUACCUGCAGUAGUCAGCUGAUCAUCAUUGCCCUGUAUUAUCUCCCCAGGUGUUUUAUUUAUCUGGCCAGUAAUAUCGGCAUUAGAUUCAGCACUGAUUUACAUAUUGUUAUUAUCAUGUCGUAUAGCUUGCUCCCUCCUAUGAUCAAUCCACUGAUAUACUGUUUCAAGACAAAAGAUAUGAAACAGACCUUGAUGAAAAAAUUCAAGAAGUCAACUGCUCCAUAAAAAGAGAAUGUCUUUGAUGUAAGCCAAUGCUUAAACUGUUAUUAUGUUUAGAAAUACUUGUCCCUACAAGAAUACCAACUGAGUACCAUAUCCUAAAUUGACAUCCAAAAUUUACAUAUAAAGGGAAAGGAAAAGGGGGAUACCUAGUCAGUUGCACAACUGAAUGCCUUCAAUUGAAAUGUGUCUUCUGCAUUUAACCCAACCCCUCUGAAUCAGAGAGGUGCGGAGGGCUGCCUAUAUAAGGCCCUGCCUCUGUGUAGCAGUAGAUAACGCCUUGUUAGAUUGGCACAGAUAGAGCAUUUAGUGUUUAAUGUUGGACAAAGAUUAUUAUGUAUUUAGUUAUUUCAAAUAUAGUUGUUUCUGAUAUUGUCUUUAGUACAACAACAUUACUCAAGAUUAUUGCCAGUUAUAAGCCAAUGAUUACAUUUGUUUUGGAUCAGUUUCUUUUAUUAAUUUCAGAAGUUCCUACAACAAUAUGAACUGAUUACCAAAUCCUACCUUGAAAUCAAAAACUUACAUUCAGUACCUUUAGAAAGUAUACACACCCCUUUACGUUUUCCACACGUUGUCGUGUUACAACCAUUAAUUAUUUUUUUU